AUGAUUGUAAAGAAUGGAGACAACAAUAUUUUCAUUGACUAUGAAUUAAAUCCCACUCUAUAUGUUAACAAAACAAAUUACAAUAUACAUUUUAUAUGUCAUUCACAUCUUGAUGCUGGCUGGUUAAGAACUAUUGAUGCUUAUUAUAAAAUAUGUGUAAAAAGUAUUUUACAAGGUAUUGUUCCUGAAUUAAUAAACAAUGAAAAAAGAAAAUUUGUUUGGGCAGAAAUAGGUUAUCUUGAAAGAUACUGGAAUAAUGAUGCUACAGCAGAUUGGAAAGCACAAUUCAAAUCAUUAGUUUUAUCACGUAGAAUAGAGUUUGUAGGAGGUGGUUUUGUUCAGGCUGAUGAAGGAUGCACAUCAUCAGAAGGUUUCCUUUUUAAUAUUGAAGUUGGAUACAAAUUUAUUGUUGACAAUUUCGGUGAAAAUUAUUUACCAGAUACAGCAUGGCAAAUUGAUCCAUUUGGAUAUACUAAAAAGGGUUCAAUCAUGGAAGCCUAUAGUAAGAGUACCAAUCUUGUUCUACACAGAAUCGGUGAAGGUUUAAGGGAGAGAUUAAAGUUGAAUAGGGAUAUCAAUUUUCUCUGGAGACCCAAUGGCAAAAAUAGUUCCGAACUUUUUGUUACUAUUUUACAAGAUAGUUAUACUUGGCCUCCUACUUGGAUGGCUCCACUUGAUUCAUUUUCACCUAUCAAUAUUUCACAAUUUUUGACCGUUGCAUUGAAAACUAUUGAAGAUAAAAUUCCAAAUACCAAUACAAACAAUAUCUUUAUGGUUGUAGGUGGUGAUUUCACAUUUAAUGUCCCUAAAAACUCUUUUUCUAAAAUAGAUGACCUAAUGAAUAUUAUAAACUCGGAUCCAAUUUUAUCAACCAAAUUUAAUGCUAGGUAUAGUACUGUUUCUGAUUACAUUACUGAUUCCAAGCAAUAUUACAUUUUGAACAAGGAGAAAGCAAAGAUAAAAUUAUACUACGAACAAGAUUUUAUGUAUUAUUCUCAACUUGAUGAAUCAUAUUGGGUGGGAUACUAUACCUCAAAGCCAAAUUUGAAAAGGAGUAUAAGUUAUACUAUUCGACAGACUAUGGGAGUACAAACUUUAAUAGCAAUGAGAUUGGACAAAGGUGGAGAUAUGAACAUGUUAUCUGAUAUUAUAAGAAAUACUACUUAUUUAAUGCAUCAUGAUGCAAUCACUGGAACCUGUAGACAAGAUGUGCUAUUAGACUAUCAGAAAAGAAUUGACUAUGCCAACAACCAAACAACAACUUUGCUGAGAGAUUUCAUAAAAUAUUCAACAGGAAAUACUGUAGAGAGAGUUACCAAUACCACAAUUAACCAUAAUAUUUUGGAAACUAGAUAUAGAAGGUUGGUACUGUUGAAUCCUACUGGUUGGACCAAAAAGCAAAUUGUAACCCUCAAGGUAAAUGCAUUAUACCGAGAUUUCUGUCCAUUUACCAUUACAAACACUAGUUUGAAGGUGCUACAGCUCGACUGUGUAUAUGACUCUUUAAACCAUUAUUAUAUUUUGGAAUUCUUUAUAAAUAUGAGACCAUUCUCCACAAAGAGUGUAUAUCUAAAGUCAAUCUUAUUACCUUCACCUUUUUCCAACUAUAAGAUUUUCCAAAAUACAAGAGGACCAUAUUUUGGUGUUAGUCAAUAUGAAGUGGCUUUUAAUGAAUCAACCAAGCUACUUGAUUAUAUUUUAAUAAAAUCAAAUAAUAAUCAAAGGGUUGAAUUGAAUCAAAAACCUUGGGGACCGGGUAUUGAAGUGAAUGAUAUUAACGCUACAUCCCAAUUGAUUAUUGGUUGGAAUACAAUAGAAUACCGUUCCAAUCGUUUUGAUGCCAAUGUAACAUCUAGAUUCUUUACUUCUGGUGACCAAGAGUUUGAUCUAAAUAUCGAUUUUACUUAUGAACUGACAGUACCACGGAAUGUCGACAAGAUGGUCAGGUUUGAAACCAACAUUAACAACACAAAUCUCUAUUCCGAUGAUGGUUUAUCGUACGUCCAGCGAAGCAUUACCAACAACAAACUAACUCAAAUGCCACAAAAGUUUUUCUAUCCUUCUGUCACUUCAUCCACAAUCUUUGAUAACAUAACUUCAUUUGUUUGUUAUAGUGAUAGAAGUAAAGGUGUUUCUGGAUUGGAUGUAGGAUUUAUGGAGUUUGCAUUGCAUAGGAAUUCAGAGUAUGACGAUAACAAAGGCUUGGGAGAACCUCCCAUUGAUGAUUCAAAAGCGGUGAUUCAGCAUCGAUGUAGAUUCGAUAACCAAACUCAAAUCUUUAAGAACUACUGGAGACGCUCAAGAGAUUUCCUAAAUGCUGUUGAGGUUUUCGAUACCAACUCCUAUUUCCUACAGGCUGGAACAGAGCCAGACUGGAAACCACCAAUUUCAGACUUCCAGAAUACCGAUAUUCAGCUGCUCACACUCAAAAGGAUCCGAAACGAUACACUCCACCUAACAUUAUACAACAGUUCACCAAACCUUACAGACACUUGCUAUUUCGAUCUAACUUCAUUCUUUAGAGCGAUAGAAGUCAAAAGUAUUCAAGAAGUUAGCAUAAGUGGUUAUGGUUUUAUGAGUGAAAUUAGUAGUAAUAGUGGAAGUAGUAAUGGUAGUAGUUCAGCACUAAGCAGGAAACGUGUUACAGUCUUUCCGAAUGGAAAGAGAUUGGGUGGCAAAGCUAUCAGUAUUCCCAAGAAAUGGAGUGAAUUUCUAAAGAUUGUUUCUAAAAAGCUGUUGAUACCAGUCACCAGAAUCUAUAAUGAAGACGGUGGUGAGAUCGAUGAGAUCGACUUGUUGGUGCCGAAAGAGGUGUUGUUCGCUUCAUGUGGAGAAUCUUUUAUAAAACCAGGUGAACUUACCAACACUCUUAGCCCAAUAGUCAGCAACACCAGCAAUAACAAUAAUAAUAACAACAGCAACAACAACAACAAUAAUAAUACUAUACCUACAUUUUUAUAUCAUGAUAACGUGUCAACUACAACUAGUGCAGGUGUUUCAAGAAUUCGAUCGACUACACUCGAUUAUGAUGCUUCGGAUUGGGUGACACUCAAUGUUGGCGGACGUAUCUUCUCGACUACGCGAUCUACACUACUCAAAGACAAAGACAGCAUGUUGGCAAAGAUGUUUGGCGAAAGCUGGGAUUCCACUAGAGAUAUCAAUGGAAACUAUCUGAUCGAUCGUUCACCAGAGUAUUUCGCACCGAUCAUCAACUUUUUGCGAUGUGGUAACUUGAUUAUCGAUGACGGUGUCAACGUGGAGGGUGUCUAUCUCGAGGCACGCUUCUUCAAUAUCACAGGAAUGCUCGAUAGACUGUCUGCGAUGGUCGAACGCAAGAUGCAAACCGACGUAUUCACAAGAAAGGAUGUCAUAUCGAUACUGCUGACGUCGUCGUCCAACUCUAGUCUUCGUUGUCAAGGACUGAAUCUCUCGGGAGUCGACCUCUCGAAGCUCGACCUCCGUAACAUCAACUUCAAAAUGACAAACUUUAGAGAAACCAAUCUUUCAAAGUGCAAUCUCGACAAUGCACUGCUGCAAGAGGCCGACCUCUCCUAUGCUAAUCUAUGUGGUGCAUCAUUAAGAGGUGCUAAUCUAUCAGGUGCUAAUCUUGAACAUUGUAUAUUAAAAGGAACGAAUUUUGAAGAUAGAGGUGGACAAAGAGCAACUCUGGAGAGUUGUAAUUUCAAGAAUGCAAUUUUAGAGGAAGCAAACUUUAGUGGUGCCAAUUUAAGAGUUGCAAAUUUCAAAGGUGCCAAUUUAGAGAAUUGUAAUUUCCGUGGUGCUGAUUUGGCUGGUGCCAAUCUCGAAGAUACAAAUCUCAGAGGUGCCAAUCUUCACAAAGCAAAUUUAAUUGGUGUAAAUUUAAGAGGUGCAAAUUUUGAUAUUAGAACCGUUAGUUCAAGGUUAGGUUCUAUCCAUGAGACAAAAGAAUUUGAUUAA